UACACGGAUUUUAUAUUUUAUCAAAGAGAAUAAUAAAUAAAGAGAACUACGUGUAUUUUAUAAACAAUGUAACAUAUUAGGUAUUUUACAUCGUCAACCUAACUCUCGAGUCUAUGUUGUUACUUUAUUUCUUCUAGUGGUGACAAGAGAAGAGAAACAAUACAAAAUGUUUAUCUACAAGUUUAUGGCUGGUGUGGUCGAGCAACUCAAAGGUUCUGAGGGGGAAGAGUUUGAUCCUCACGAACAUCGUAAGGUAGAGAAGCCGACGACAUACUCACAAACGAUGACACACUUGCUCAAAGGUUGUAUCGGUGCGGGAGUUUUAGCUAUGCCGAAUGCCUUUAGCAGAGUUGGUAUUAUUGGUAGUUUCCUUCUCAUGCUACUUAUUGGGAUUUUCGCUACGUAUUGUAUUCAUGUUUUGAUAGCAGCACAGUACGAGCUAUGUAAACGCAAGCGCGUAGGCUACAUGACGUUUGCAGAGUCCAUGGCUCUGGCUCUUCAAGAAGGACCACUAUGCAUGCGUUGGGCUUCGAAAUUCUCCUAUUACUUCGUAGAUGCGGUCCUUAUAUUGUGGCAGUUGGGAAUAUGCGUUAUUUAUUGCGUAUUUGUCGGAGAGAAUAUGCAUCAGGUUUGCGACUUCCAUGGGCUGAGACUGGCGUUGCGAUGGCACAUCGUGUAUCUGAUUGCUCCACUCAUAGUCAUCUGUUUGAUCAAAGACCUCAGGCUCCUCUCUCCAGUCUCCUCCGUAUCAAACGCACUCACUCUCCUAGGAUUAAUUAUCCUGUUUUUCUACCUGAUAGAAGACGACGUGGAAUUUGACUACCAGAGAUUGGAAAUGAAAAGCAUCCUGGAGAUACCAAUAUUUAUUGGCACAGCGCUCUUUGCCUUAGAAGCGGUCGGAGUGAUAUUAGCUCUGGAGUACAAUAUGGAAAACCCCAAGAGAUUUGUCACGUUCUUCGGGCUGUUCAACAUUGGCAUGACGAUAAUAGUGGCGGUAUACAUUAUGGUCGGCGUCUUCGGGUUUUUGAAGUAUGGCGACGAUAUCAAAGCAUCCAUCACUCUGAACCUACCACAGGAAGAGAAGAAAGCGCAAGCCGCCAAAAUCCUUUUGGCUGUGGCGAUAUUUUUGUCAUUUCCCCUUCAAAAUUUUGUUGCAUAUUCAAUGAUAUGGCUAAAAUUAAAAGAAGGUAUUACAAAUAAGUCGAAAAAAUACCUUGUGGACUACUCGCUACGAAUCGUACUUGUUAUCAUACCAUGGGUUCUAGCCGUCGCGGUGCCAACACUGGGUCCGUUUAUAUCCUUCUUUGGGGCAUUUUGUCUGUCAUUGCUGGCUAUUAUAUUCCCUGGCCUCAUGGAUAUUUGUAUUUGGUACCCUAAUAACUACGGAGUGCUGCACUAUAGGCUGCUUAGAGAUCUAUUCAUGAUAAUAAUUGGUCUGUCCAGUCUCGUUUCUGGAUGCUAUACAAGUCUUCUAGAAGUAUACGAGUCCAUGACGUGAAUACUUGGUCUUAUUUCUUUUAAGAUCUAAAUUAUCUAAACGUAAAACCUUAGAAACUUAAAUUUCCCUUACUUAUAGCAUUCAGAAGUGUUAAAUUGAAAUAUCGUUAAUGUGUGUAAG